ACAGUAACGACUUUGUUUUCAUAAUUUUACCUACUUCUACAUCGAAUAAAUGUUUUUGUAUCGAAUUUUUAUCUGAAAUCAUGUGAAAUCGUGUUCAUUUUGUUACAACUUUGAACUUAGUGGCAAGGAAAAGCUUUUUCCACUAUAAUCGAACGGAAUUCUAAGGAUUUUAACUAAUCUAAUAUGGCUUCCGUCACCGUGCUGCAGCAGUAUUUGGAGCUUUGCUCGGGCAGAAUCGACCGCUUAGGGAAUCAGCUGGCAUCGAACGCCGUUCUAGAUUGGAACGGAGUAACUAUUCGGUUCAGCGGCCGAAUAGUGAAAUUCCUUCGUCAGAAAAUGUACAGCGGACUGGUGCAACAUUUCCCGGAGGCUUGCACGGUGGACGCAUUCGAGGAGCGGCAAACACACAUCUCUACCAAAAUAGUACCACCGGAAAAUUUGGUUUUGUCAGCAAGCCCCACCCGUGAAAAACUGGACACGCAGGAGCUUGACAGCUUCCCGAGUACAAGCACACGUGAACUAUCCUCGAAUCAGGAAGAUCUAAGCUUUGCAACACCGCCGCGUACUCUGCCGGCACUGCCACAUCCUCCACCGUUGACGGCCGGUCGCCAGUUCCUGCCACUGUCGAGUGACGAUGAAGAAGACGAAGAACCAUCUGCUACCGGAGGUACCAACAGAUCCUUGUCACCAACCGUACCACGACACAAUGCAUACUCCGAGCUGCAGUAUCUGGAAGCGAUCGGAACAGUGCGAAUGACCAAUGAACAGAAACAUCGUGGUACUCGUACCACACAUCACAUUCCACGGGAAGGAACUUCUCUCGAUAGCUCCGGCCAGUCUUCAACACCUACCCGUACCACUGAUCGAGCCGAGAAACGUACUCGAUUGAGAAUCUCCUAUCGACGGCAUCUGCGUACAAAUGAAGUUCAGUUUGCUCUCAUCAUCUACGAGUUGGAAUCGUCCCGUUCGGCUACCGUCCGAAGAAAUCUCUUCUGUAACGAACAAGAUUCUACGGUUGCAUCCGCAGAGCAAACAUCUUCGCCGACACGUCAACCGAGUCAAGCUUGCACGGAACCCAUCCCGUUGCCGGAAUCUCCUACUGAGGAUGUGACGGAACCGAUCUCACCUUCAGUACCAGUACAGCAGCCACCGGGGACUCCCUUUAAACGCCGCCGUGUUCCACCGAUGGUUGUCGGUAUGCGGACGUCACCUCGAAGAAUCCGCAUCGAUGACUACGGUGCCGGUAGUAGUACGAAUCCUGCAAAUGUUCAAAAAACUUGGCCGCGCAAAAGUCAAAGCGCUGACGACGGUGGACCAAAUACAAAAAACAGAAAGCUUUCCAGCGUUUCGUCGACCAUUAGAAAGCCACUGCGGUUCUGAGCGAACCGGUGGCCGUAUGUUUUCGAGCUAUUGUUUUGUUUUAUUUUUAAUUCAAUUGUUCAGUUUGUAACUCAUUACUAAUAUAUUUUGUAAAUAUAUACACAUAUAAAUACUCAACAUAAA